AAGUACUUUAGAAUUAAUGAAACCUUGUUUUCUAUUCACUUGAAUUCAUUUGCUUCGAGCCUCGACUUUCGAGUCUUGAUGAUUUGACAUUUCCUUUCAUUGUACAUCUUACUUAUUUUUCUCAAGGUAUAAAAGGCAAAUUUCAACUGUAAAAGUUCUUCUUUCUUCAAUAAAGGAUUAUAUUGGUAACAUCAUUGUAACAUUUCUUGGUGCCUCCUGUGAGGACAACAUAUGUAUAUAUUGUUUUUGUUUCAUUUUGGUGAACAUGGCGGAAUUAAACUGGCGCUCAGCGGCCGUCAAUGCAAUCAAGCGCAUACAUGCGCGGGUGUGUGAAGCCAGCUGCGAAACCCACGACGUAUUUCAACUGGAGCACGAGCUUAAAUCACUGGAAACACACUUUCAGCGAUUCACUCUUAAUCACGAUCAUCUUGUAGGCCAGGCUACCAAGGAUGAGGUUGCACCGCAUGACGCCUUAUGGGAAGCAAUUGAGGCGUUAUAUGACGACGCUUGCUGUCGCCUCAAUCGUCUGAUAGCAAGCACAAAGUCGGUUCCGGCUGCGGCCUCAACCGACCACGUGCUCAACACUCAUAGCGCUCUGUUGGAUGGGCGUUCGGUCGACCUGAAAAUUGACCCGCUGGUGAUUCCGGUAUUCGAUGGGAGGAUGUGUAAUUGGCUUGCGUUUAAGGACGCAUUUGAGACUCUCGUACACAAGUCCUCCUAUCCAGAAGCGUUCAAAUUAGGGAAGCUUCGGCAAUCUGUCAAUUCAAAGGAGGUCCCGCUCAUAGGUGGUGUUUAUUCGGGUGGCUACGAGGAGGUUUGGCGCGCGUUAAAGGACCGUUAUGAUAACAAAAAGCAACUCGCAGAAAUCCAUGUGACGCGGUUCCUUAACUUAAAAUUGUCGACAGAAGAAUCGGCCAAGUCUUUGCUUGCCAUUGUGGACACGGUUCACGAGUCGCUACGCGCGUUGCGGGUUAUGGAGGUGCCUGUCGAUAAAUGGGAUGCAUUGGCAGUUCCCAUCGUUACCUCCAAGCUACCUACUAUCACGAAACGCGACUGGUCUAUGCGUUGUUCUUCACAUGAGAUACCGCUGUUGGAGGAUUUGCUGAAAUUUCUAGAAAAAAGAGCACAUAGCCUAUGCCAGGAAACAUCCAUUGAGUCGGUGCGAUUGCCGCGAACAGUAAAAUCUAACGUGGUUUCCACGGUGGAUGGGAAGUGUGCCCAUUGCCAUGGCAUUCAUCGUAUCACGAGAUGUCCCACCCUUGCAGCAAUGUCGCCCGGGGCACGUUUUGAGGCGGUUAAGGGAUCGAAGCUUUGUUAUAAUUGCUUAAGGGCUGGACAUUCGUCGAAACAAUGUUCUUCUGGCUCUCAGUCCAGCUCAAAGGUCAUCGAGGCUACCCCGCAAGCUGUCCAGCCUGCUCCAAACUUAUGACUAACCUCGCCAAUGACAACCUGCGUUGCCCAAGCCAGACCUACGAUUCUGUUGGCAACAGCGCGUGCAUACAUCUAUGGGGAUGCAGCAGUUCAACGAUUGGUUCGAAUUUUGUGCGAUCCAGGUUCGCAGGUUAGUUUUAUUAAAGAUCGCUUAGCUAAAUCAUUGAGAUUAAAAAUACACAAAUGCGAAUUGAAUGUAGAGGGGAUUGGAUCGAGUAUUAGUACUCGAACUACGGGUAGUGUUAUUGUAACCAUAAAGUCAUUGCAUUCAAACUUUGAAACCAAAAUCAACGCUUUGGUGAUCCCGUCAAUCACAUCGGACACUCCUGCCGUGCGUCUAGACGUUAACCAGUGGCAACACCUGGCUGGCCUCGAUAUGGCCGAUAUUUAUUUUGGUACACCUGGGGCUAUAGACUGUCUCAUUGGAGCUGAUGCCUGGGGUAGAAUCGUGGAGGGUGACAUCAUCGGUGGCAGACCAGAUGAACCUUAUGCUCAACGCACUCGCCUUGGUUGGGUAGUUUUUGGUCCAGCGUCAGAAGUUUCGUCGAAGGAGAACUCAUCUCUCGUGCUCAGCGCAAAGCUAGUCGAGGAUGAUUUGGUGCUGGAAGAAUUAGUUCACAAUUUUUGGAAGCUUCAGGAGGUCCCCGUGUGUGCAUCAGACGAUGAUGAUGAAUGUGGUCGAAUAUUUGCAGCCACACACUCCCGUACUAGUGAUGGACGUUACAUGGUGCAGCUGCCGUUCCGCCGCGAUGCACCGAGACUUGGCGAAUCAUAUGCGCACGCUCUUCGCCUAUUUCAACGCCUAGAAAGACGUCUCGUUGGUGACUCUGAGCUUAAAGAUAAUUACAUUAAGUUCAUGCGUGAGUACGUAAGUCUUGGCCAUAUGGAACCCGUAAAUAACGUAGGUGAUCACACCAACGGCUACUACAUUCCCCACCACGCUGUAACCACCAAAUUUAGAGUGGUGUUCAAUGCAUCGGCACCAACUAGUACUGGCGUGUCACUAAAUGAGGUGCAAAUAGUGGGCCCGACCAUCCAAGACUCGCUCAUCAAUAUAAUUUUACGUUUCCGACGCUAUAGGGUGGCCCUAACAGCCGACAUUGAGAAAAUGUUCCGGCAGGUACUCGUUGCCCCCAUACACCGAGACUUCCAACGGAUCCUUUGGCGCGAGUCACCCUCGGAUGAACUCAAGGUAUAUCGACUAACAACGGUUACGUAUGGUAUGGCGUGCAGCCCGUAUAAUGCCAUACGUGCACUCCAACAAUGUGCACGCGACAAUCACAACGUAAUAUCGGACCACCGGCAAGCCGCGAAAGCGCGCGAUACCAUUUUAACGUCAUUUUACGUUGACGAUUUUUUGACCAGUUGUGAGAACGCAAACGACGCUAAGGUCUUAGCUCACAAUGUUGAUGAAAUUCUCUCCGCUGGGAAAUUUACAUUGAGGAAAUGGAACUCCAAUGAUGCUGAGGUAAUGGAAUACUUGACCGGUAACAUUUCUUCCUCCGCAGGCUUAGAAAUAAACCCUCCUACGGCUUCCGUACUUGGAUUACGGUGGGAUGCUGCCGCUGACCAGUUCUUCUUCCAGGUGGUUCUCAAGCAAGCAGGUCCUACCCCAACUAAACGACGGGUUCUCAGCGAAGUUGCUCAGCUUUUUGAUCCCACGGGCUUUUUGGCACCGGUGGUGGUCCAGGGUAAGGUGUUUAUACAGCGAAUGUGGUCCGCUGGUCUUUCGUGGGAUGCACCGUUGUCUGAUGAUCUUCGCGACGAUUGGAUAAACUAUCGGUCUAAGCUGGAGUUACUCAACAAAGUUCGUGUGAAUCGAUGGUUAGGCAUGGCGCACGGUGUGCAAACGACUUUACACGGCUUCUGCGAUGCUAGUUCGCAAGCUUACGCAGCAGUGAUUUACACAAGAACUGUAGGCGCAGGCGAAAGAGUACAACUCGCAUUGCUGACAGCGCGCACUAAGGUGGCUCCACUUAAGGGAUCUACCAUACCACGUCUCGAGCUCUCGGCAGCGCUCUUGUUGGCAGAAACACUCCAAGCUGUAAGAAGCGCUUUGGGUUUGAUGAACGCCCCCUAUUAUUUGUGGUCGGAUUCGUCGAUUGCUCUUUGUUGGAUAAAGAAACAGCCAACAACGCUUAAGCUAUAUGUAUCGAAUCGAGUACGUCAGAUCCAGGAGCUCACUUCGCCCGAUCGAUGGCAUCAUAUCCGGUCGGCACAGAACCCCGCCGACUGCGCGAGUAGAGGCAUAUCACCCCUCGAACUGCUGGAGCAUCCGCUUUGGUGACAGGGCCCAAGCUGGCUGGAGA